CGCGACGUUCCGCGAGAGCUGAUGCUGCGACUGCUGCUCGGCGGCUCACAAUAGAGAAAAACACAAAAACCAACCACCUCGCCAAGCGUCCAAGCCGCAUACCUCACUCUCCGCCUCCAGAAUUUUCGUCGUGAUUCUUCUUGCUUUAUUUAAUAAAAGAACCAUAAAUUAUUAUUUUAUACCGGCUUUUUUUUACGAAACAAUUUAAAACCAAACCUAUUGCUGAUAUUUUAAUUUGUAUAUAUAUAUACAUAUAUAUAUAUUUCUUACUGGGCCUUUUAAUUGUUAAUAUCUGAGGGUUUUUGUCGUCGUUUUUUUUGCUUCCGUUGAAGAAGCGAAUUAAAUCGCGGAGAUCUCAGAAUUUUUUUUUGAAUUUUAAUUUUUGUGGGGUGGAAAGGAGCUCCGGAACAUCCAAGGUUUUGCCCCCCAGCUUCACUGAUCGAGACAAGGCAAGUCCAGCAGCCAAGGACAAAAGAUCAAGAGGAGCCCAGGCUUGCUGCCACUAUCUCAAAUAGUUAAUUUGCCUGCUUUUAAUCCGGUACCCCCCCAAAAAAGGCACCCUGGAUCCCAUCAUGACCAAAGCUGAAAUGGGCAAGCUCAACACUACUCCUGAUGAAGACAGCAGCAGCUACAGUUCCAACAGCAAUGACUUCAACUACCCCUACCCAACCAAACCAGCUGCGAUGAAGAGCCAUUAUGUAGACAUGGAUCCAGAAAACCAAAACUUUUUACUUGAAUCCAAUCCUGGGAAGAAGAAAUAUGAAACUGAAUAUCGUCCAGGUACUACUUCCUUUGGAAUGUCAGUAUUUAAUCUGAGCAAUGCUAUUGUGGGCAGUGGCAUCCUUGGGCUUUCUUAUGCCAUGGCAAACACUGGAAUUGCUCUCUUUGUAAUUCUUCUGUUCUUCGUGUCAAUAUUUUCUUUAUACUCCGUUCAUCUCCUCUUGAAGACUGCCAAUGAAGGAGGGUCUCUGCUAUAUGAACAACUGGGAAUGAAGGCCUUUGGCAUGGCUGGGAAACUGGCAGCAUCUGGAUCUAUUACAAUGCAGAACAUUGGAGCUAUGUCCAGCUACCUCUACAUUGUGAAAUAUGAGUUACCAAUCGUCAUCAAGGCAUUUUUGAACGUCAAAGAGAGCACAGGAGAAUGGUACCUCAACGGUGAUUAUUUGGUUAUAUUGGUAUCCUUGUGGCUCAUUCUUCCUUUGUCACUGUUGAAAAAUUUAGGUUAUCUGGGUUACACCAGUGGAUUUUCCUUGUUGUGCAUGGUCUUCUUCCUUAUUGUCGUCAUUUGCAAGAAAUUUCAAAUUCCAUGUGGACUGGAAAGUGACUUGAUUAAUGCAACUCUGAAUACCACCCUAGAACAUCUGUCAACCACUGCACCUUUUCAUGUAUCAGAAGUUAAUAUAACCAGUGAUGACCAAUGCACACCAAAAUAUUUCAUCUUCAAUUCACAGACUGUCUACGCUGUACCAAUCUUAACAUUUUCCUUCGUCUGCCAUCCGGCUGUUCUUCCUAUUUAUGAAGAACUGAAAGGGCGAAGCCGCAGAAGAAUGAUGAAAGUCUCCAAUGUUUCAUUUUUUGCCAUGUUCCUCAUGUAUCUUCUGGCUGCUGUCUUCGGUUAUCUGACAUUUUAUGGAAAUGUUGAGCCAGAGUUGCUUCAUACUUAUGCUGAAGUCCUGGGAGCUGAUGUUCUUCUCCUUAUUGUUCGUCUGGCAGUCCUGAUGGCAGUGACACUUACUGUGCCAGUUGUGAUUUUCCCAAUCCGCAGCUCCAUCACACAGUUGUUGUGUUCAGGGAAAGAAUUUAGUUGGUGGCGCCAUACUGCAAUUACAAUGGCUCUUUUGGUAUUCACCAACAUUCUCGUGAUCUUUGUUCCCACAAUUCGAGAUAUAUUUGGAUUCAUUGGUGCCUCCGCUGCUGCCAUGCUGAUCUUUAUACUACCAUCUGCUUUCUACAUUAAGCUAGUGAAGAAAGAACCAAUGAAAUCUGUUCAGAAGAUUGGGGCUCUUCUUUUCCUGAUCAGUGGCAUAUUUGUGAUGACUGGAAGUAUGACCUUGAUCAUUCUGGAUUGGACCAGCAAUGCUGCUUCUAAUGGCCAUUAGCUAUCUGCUUUGGACUCCAGUGCUUACAAAACCAUCUACUGGGGAAAAACAGAACUUCUUACCCACGUUUGCAAUUCUGCUUCCUUUCGAAAUGCAGAUUCUUUGAUGCUGGUUCUUCUGAAUGGAGAAUAGGUGAACUUUUUUUAAAAAAAGAUACUAUUCUGCACUAUGGGAAUCGAUACUAACAUCAAACCACCUGAAUCUUUGGCUGAGGGAAGUGACUAUUUAUUCCAUUCCAGAGAAUGGACAGCUCUCUCUGUAAAAUUUUAUCAAGCCAUGUUUGGCUUUUGUCAUUGUUACUUGGAUAUUUUAUUGUUUUACUUGAAUGUGCCUAAUGGAAAAAAUUGAUGUGAGAAAUAAGUUAGUUUACAUCAGGAGGGUAAGCUAACCAUUGAAAAUGAAUGAGAAAAACACUAUUAUUUUUGUACCAAAAAUUUUAUGGACCUCAAAAGCACUAUUUUGACUUUAAGAAAAUGUUUUGUAAGUUGAUGAUCCAAAUAAGGGUAAAAAGAAAAUCCGUAAAACUGUUUAAGCAGAGUUCUAAAUUCAACAUGUUUUGCCUGCCUAUAGAGGCAUAUCCUUAAAAGUAUAUUUUUGGCCAUAUGAAAUUAUUUUUGAAACCUAUUACGUGAAAGCUUGAUUAAUUUGAAAGACUCAAAACUGUUUAAUGAUUUCUACACAUAACUUAGUUAUUCUAACCUAAAACCAAACAAAUAUGUUAAGACAACCCCAUGGCAAUAUUUCUAAUCCAACCAACAUAAACCACCACACUCUUUCAAGUAGCUAUUUACUCAAAUUGUCAUGUUUUAAAAAGAUUUCAUACCAUUAGAAUGGAUGAUGUAUUAAAACAAUUUAUAUGUAGCAAACGUAGCAACCAAUCCAAUUAGUGCUACAACCAAACAAAACCCUUGAAAUUAAUGAGGGAUGCAUAGGAGCAGUAUUUGGCAAAUUACUGAAAGUACAAUCCUAAGCAUUUUUCUUCUUGAGGUACUCAAUAGUGCAAUUAUAUUAAACAAAUGGGCUAUUAUUAUUAUUAUUCAGUUGCAGGUACCAACCAAAUCAUGUUGGGUCAUUUGCCAUUAAUGUGGAGUUCACAUGAUCCAGCGACAAUUUUACACAUUUUAGCUUUUGUUUUUGUUUUGUUUUUUGAAACAAGUAAAGAUGAGGUCCUACUAUCGUUUACUAGCAGUAUAACAGUAUUCACACACUGUACAAUGUUUUUCAAUAACCAGUUUUCAUCCAUUGUUGGAUUUUAAAUUAUUUUAUGUUUUUGUUCCUCUCUGACAAUGUGAUAUUCCUAUAUGCAUAUAGUACGCCAGGAUUUGGUGUAUAAGGCAAAAGCUCUCUUCAUAAGGCAACUGGGAUUCCUAAUGCAACGGAUUUUGUACAGCAGUCUUUUAAGAUUACUAUUAUUAUUAUUAAGACCUUGAUGGGACUACACUGUCAUCUCAUAUUUUUCUGAUAUAGGCAUGUGCUGUUUGAGCCUUAAGUAGUUUGCUUUGAAAAGGAGGUGGUAAUUCCGUGGUCACUGAGUGUUUGAUCCUUCCCUGUUUGCAAAGAGAUCACCAUAGAGCAUUAAAGAGCCCUUCCUCUGUGUGCAUUUGGCAUACUGGGGAUAUUACAGGAAUUGGAAAUUCUUCCAUUUACUUACCAUAUCCCGUCCAGCCCCUCUAAACAUGGUACGCACUGCAACCAAACCAGUCGUGCCCCCCUAAAUUCACAUCUGUACAGACUUUCCGUUCCCCAUCUUUCCCUGCAAGUAUAUUGCUGGGCAGCACUUUUGCUGAGUGGGGAGAAUAGCUGUGCUCUUAUUAACACUCCAUGGUGAUAAAUCUGUGUGUUGGUACUACACCUGCAUAGGUAAGGAUCAUACACUGUUUAGUUACUAUGCAUUAUUUCCAUCCCCGGCUGAAGAGAUGUUGUACUUUCAUAAGAGCACAUUCAGCACCACUUAACAGACACAGAUGCUGCUGGAAAGGACAGUCUGAAAGAAUAAAGACAGGCAGAGUUUUAACAGCGAAGUCCUCAUUAGAUGGCUUUCCGCUAUGUUCAUUUGGCAUAAUAGUUUAGAAAUCUAAUUUAGCUGAUUUCAAGCAGUAGUUGAGUUAUAAGAAUCAAAUCGUGGCAUGGAAUUAGCUAAAGAACACUGGCUUUUUCUUUUCUUUUUGAAAAAAAGUUUAGGUCCAUUUUUAAAUAGUUGGCAGAUUACUGCCACUCUGUCCCAGGUUUUUACAAUCUGGCAAUGCAAACCUUUUUGUUUUGUAUUUCUGCAUGGCAACUGCCAUCCCCUAAGGCUGCAAUCUUGAUUCCAUGGAGGUCAGUAUCAAGAGAAACCUGCCUUACUGAAAAGUGUCUACUUUUCUUUCCUUUACAAGUUACGAAUGGCUUGACAUUUUGAACUCAAGCCAUUGUCCUGGGCAGGGCGAUACGAACUGUACUUGAAUAACAGUCCCGAUAAUCUCUUUUGUUCUCAGAGAAACCAGGUAACCAACAGCCACACCCAUAUGUGAAACUUUUGAGUUUUCAAAAAUCAAUCAUUUUCAAAGCAAUGGCUUGGUUUAUAUCUCAGAACCACCACUGGCUUCGGUGUAAUCCAUUAUACAUCUGUGCAUGGUGUAAUGAAAAUGACAUCUCUCUUUCCCUGCAAAUUAGACUAGUCUAGUGGUACUUGGCUUUCAUAUUUUGCAUACUUCUGAAAGCUGCUAAGAUGAGCCUCUCAUGUUAAAAUGGCAGCUCUUCCAAUUUAACCAUCCAUGUGGUUCUUGUAAAAAAUACUAGGAUUCCCAAGUACCGUCAAUAUAUCAGAAUGGUACAGGGAACAAAUGACCAUUUUUUCUGAACACACUGAAGAGCGUUUGGAACCAAGAAGCUAAGUUCAUUGGUUCAUCUCAACAGCUGGAAGAGUGACAAAAGUAACAGAAAUUACAUGACUGUACUAACUGUUGCAUUUCAAAGGAGUCAUUGCUGGAUCAGAGAUACCUCGACAGUACACUGUGAAUCAUGCAGUUUAGUGUCAUUCAGUAACUAAAGAGGUCUUCUGCCUGACCUUGCUGUGUACCACUAGGCUAUAAUGAUUUCUAGUGUCUGUUGUAAACCUGUCUCUUUAGAGCUUUCAUCGCAGGUCACAGUUUCAGUAUUAAAUUAAACCACUGUUUGUCACCUAAUUUUUAAAUUACUGUCUUCCAUGUUAUUUCAUUCAUAAAAUGUAACAUGUUAUUUAUAGAACAAUAACCUGUUGAAGUUAAAACCUAUUUUUCAGUAUUUAUGGGUAGCCUUUGUAUAUAAACUGUGUGUGUAUAUAUUGUAAGUACUAUUGUAUAUAAUGUAGGUUUGGGAGUUUGUGUUUAUGUAUAUAAGCUUUCGUUACGAUUCAUGGCUAAUGCAUUAUGUCCGUGACUCAUUCCUGUUAUGCAUUCAGUUGAAAGUGCUAUCAGAUGGAAGUCUCCAGAGAAAUAAUUUUGGCUUCCCAAAUGAAAAUCGUGUGCCCUCAAAUUGUCUAAGGACACAAUAACAUUUAAAGACCAGGGCUGGUAUCUAAAAGUGUUUCCAAGGACGUGAUAGUCCAAUGAGGGGUUCCCCUCCCUUUGAACCACACACAACAUUGCACACUGAUCUGAAAGUUCCCUUGCUUUCAAAAGCAGUUUGCUUUGUGGGAUGGAAGGUGUGAUGGUUCUUUCAGAAAAAGAAGUCUAGAUUCAUGCAAGGGCUUUGCAGUGUGAAGGCAGUUCGCUGCCCCUUUGUAAGAGGGAAAUGUGAAGCCCCUGUGUGCAUGAAGUUAUUGACUGGGCCCCUUAUUCGUUACAACUGUGUACACUGCAUUAAACAUCAGAAUCUCUUGGAUCCACAGAGUGCAGGCUUUCAGAAUACAGUUUGCCAUAGAUGGUUUUUCAUUAACUAGUUUUAAAAUCAAUAUAUCAAGCCUUCAUGUACAGGUAUGAUAAUAUUUGUAUAUAUUGUAUAUGUAUAUAUAGAGAGAGAUACACACUGUAAUGUUAGAUCAACAAUUAAGGGACAAUUGUUGAAAAAGAGUGCUACACAGUUUCAAUGAAACAUUGUAUGUUUUAACUAAACUAAAAUAAAGAUAUAAUCUUAAA